AUGAGGGGCUCUGACACGAGCAGUGCCUUGUCCGUUGGCUUUGGUACAGUCCAUGGCAUCCAUUCGACACCGGCCCCACCAGCGGCACGAAGCACCUCCACAUCGAGACCUGAUCUCGCCUAUGAGACGUCGGCAAUUGUUCAGACAUCUGUGGACUCGAUGCCGUGUGCAGUCAAAUUCACCCAGGCACACAUCCUUGGCCAAACAAUAGCACAGCUGAGGCUGAGGUUUGGCGGCCAGGAAUAG